CCUAACCCCUGCUCGCGCCAAGGUCCACAGCAUUACCUCCCGCGCGGUGGGGAAAAAAGCGAUUACCUAGCCCUGCAUACUCCACCAAGACUGUGUUAGUAUUAUGUUAUCUCCCUGCCAUGUGCCAUUUAUUGUUUCCCCCACUGCCUACUUCCCGUUUUUAUAUCAUAGCUCGGCUUUACUACUUGUGCAGUGCCAUUAUCGAUCCCGGUUCGACCCUAACACCCAUUGCUGGGAUUGAGAGGGGAGUUGGGCAGGCGGGUAGCACCCUUUUGGGAGAGAGACAGAUGAUCAUGGUAGCGAAAGUAUGGAAAGCAUCGGGUACAAGUGUACCCGUCUGCUCCAUGGUUUCAAUUCAAGAUUUGCCCAUCUGUCAUAGACACUUCAUAUGAAUUGGAUUCAUAAAGUAGUGCUAACAGAUAAAGCGUUAAGCAACGGUAAAUUGCGUGGCUGGUACGGAAAGGUAGUUCAGCCCCGGCGGAAGAUACAAGUGCAUUACGGUUAGCCGAUAGCAGGGUUACUGAUAGCAGGGUUGCCGA